GGGCGCCGCCUCCUAGGUGCCCGCCCCUCCCGGCCCUGCAACCGGACUUGCCCUUUAAAAGAGCGGGGGCCUGCGCCACACCGCGGGCACCACCGACACACGACUGCUUUCUGGAGCAUCUUCAUCUCUUCUCCGGUCCGCAUCUCGCUCCGCUGGACCAGCUGCCCAUCUUCUCCGCGCAGAUUCGGGCGAGCCCGGCCAUGCAGCCGGCCGUGCUUCUUGGCCUCCUGGGAGCCACGAUGGUGGCGGCUGUCAGUUCUAUGCCAGUGGACAACAGGAACCACAAUGAAGAAAUGGUGACUCGCUGCAUCAUCGAGGUUCUCUCAAAUGCCUUGUUGAAGUCCAAUGCGCCACCCAUCACCCCUGAGUGCCGACAAGCCCUGAAGAAGAGUGGAAAAGAGGUUAAAGAUGAAGAGAAAAGUGAAAAUGAAAAAACAAGGUUCAAAGUUAGAUUGUUAAGAGACCAAGCUGACGCCUCAGAAGCCCACAGGCCCUCCAGCAGGGAGGACACAGGAGACCCAGAGGAGGCGGGCAUCCAAGGCCUGUCAGUGGCCAACACAGAGGGAGGUGGGCACAGCCGAGAGGGUGCAGGCGAGCCCCAAGGGAGCCUCCAUCCCUCUGAGAGUCAAGUCUCCAAAGAGGCAAAGACAUACCAUCCUGAGAAGAGCGAGGGAGAGGACGGUGAGGAAGAGGAAGGAGAGAAAUACCCGAAAAGGGAGCAUGGGGAAGGUGGCAGUGAAGAGAAACACCUGGAAGAGCCAGGCGAGACACAAAAUGCCUUUCUUGACAAAAGAAACCAGGCUGCAGCUAAGAAAAAAGAGGAGAUAAUGUCCAGAUACAAUACACACUCUGCCAGGCUCCCCGAGGAGAAGACACACAGCAGGGAGAGGAGUAGCCAAGAGAGUAGAGAAGAGACAAGGAACCCGGAGAAACACUCCGAGUCUAAAAGCCAAUCUGGGAGCCAGGAAGACUCUGAGGAAAGUGAGGAAGACGCCAGCCAUGAGAUGGACAAACGACACUGGAGGCCGAGACAUCACCACGGGCGGAGCAGGCCUGACAGAUCCUCUCAAGAAAGGAAUCUUCCCCCAGAGGAAAGGGGACAACCCCAUGCGGAAUCCGAAGAGCCCAACGUGGGCAUGGCCAGCUUAGGGGACAAGAGGGACCGUUAUCCAACCCACUACAGGGCUUCAGAGGAAGAACCCGAAUAUGGGGAAGUCGUGAGGAGUUAUAUAGGGGUCCCGGCUCCUGAGAACCUGGAGGGGGGGCGUUAUGGGGCCAGAGGAAAUGAGAAGUACGGGGCUCCAAGACCUCCCAGUGAUGCGAGCCAGGAAGAGGACAGGCGAACUCCCCCCAACGCAGAGCUUGACAACAUGGCAUAUGGAUAUGGUGAGGAAAGUGAGGAGGAGAGGGGCCCUGAGUGGGGAUACCGCCACAGAGCCAGGGUCGGGGAGCCUGGGGCCUAUGCCAGUCCAGACAAAGAAGAGAAACGAUUUUUGGGUGAAGGACACUUCCGUGUCCAAGAAAACCAGAUGGACAAGACACGGAGGCACCCGCAGGGCGAGUGGAAAGAGCAGGACAGAAAUGACCUCAACUAUGGUGAGGAAAACGGUGAGGAGGGGGUCCAGGGGAAUUGGCAGCGGCAGGAGGACCUGCAAGGCACUAAGGAGAACAGGGAGGAAGCCCGGCUUCCAGGCAAGCAGUAUGCUCCCUAUCACACCACAGAGAAGAGGAGGAGGUUAGGGGAGCUGCUGAACCCUUACUACGCCCCUUCCCAGGUGAAGAGCAGCCAUUUUGAGAGAAAAGAUGACAUAGGUGACAAUCUUCUUGAGGGUGUAGAUGAAAAUGGACUGACCUUGAAUGAGAAGAAUUUCUUCCCAGAAUACAGCUAUGACUGGUGGGAGAGGAAGCCCUUUGAGGAGGAUGUGAACUGGGGAUAUGAGAAGAGAAACCUGGUCCCCAAACUGGAUCUGAAAAGGCAGUACGAUCGUGUGGCCCAGCUGGACCAGCUCCUGCACUUCAGGAAGAAGUCGGCUGAAUUUCCAGAUUUCUAUGACCCUGAGGAGCCGCUGAGCCCACACCACGAAGCGGAAGGUGGAAAGGACAGGGCUGGCCCCGGAGUUCUGACCGAGGAAGAGGAAAAAGAACUUGAAAACUUGGCUGCAAUGGAUUUGGAACUACAGAAAAUAGCUGAGAAGUUCAGUGGUAAUCGAAGGGGCUGAGGGUCGUUGGAGCCAAGGGCCAUUUUAAGAAGCAGCCUUCACAUUAUCUAUUUCCCACCACCAUUUAUUUAGCCAAAGGCAGAAAAUAGAAUUUACUAUUCAUUAAGUGCUUGAAGCAAUCAGGAAUGUCUUUAACUUUUGCCAGAAUGCUAUUGAAAAUAAGAAUAGCAUGACUUGUAGCAUAUUCUCUCGCAAAAUCAACAUAUUAACAUGCUUGUGACAAUGACUGUGCUACCAUCUUUGAAAAAAAAAUGUUU